AUGGUUUCACAGGGGACUGUGGUGGACGGGCAGCACUUCAGCCAGAAUGGUGCAAUCGAACUGCUCACCAGCUCCUCCUACAAGGUGGAGGUGAAGAUUAGCACUGCACUGCAGGUUGAGAACAUUUCCUUUGGUGGUGUGCUUGUCCCGCUGGAGCUGAGGUGUAAAGAAUCUGAUGGGGAAAGAGUUGUCUACACCGGCGUGUAUGAUUCUGAAGGUGUAGCCCCAUCCAAAAGUGGAGAGCGACCACCUGUUGUUGUAAGCAGUCCGUUCACAGACACUGGGACCUUCGAGACAGUGUGCCAAUUCAAGUUCUACAACUACCAAAAGCGAGACCACUGCCAGUGGGGAAGCCCGUUCUCCAUCACUGAGUAUGAAUGCAAGCUCAAUGAGACUUGGAGCCUCAUGUGGGUGAGUAAGGAGUCCUUCCUUUGA